UUGUUGUAAGUGACGUUUUACCAAUAUUGAUUUUUAUUCUACGGUGAAUGUUUCUGAAGUCUUUGAAGUGCUUAUAUAUAUCGAGUUCCGUCGUGGCUCGAUGGACAUGAUGGUUUGGUGUCACAGCUACCGGAUUAUUUGAGCAGCCAUCAUGACCCUAUUUCAUUUUGGAAAUUGCUUUGCGUUGGCGUAUUUCCCUUACUUUAUAACAUACAAGUGCAGCGGGCUUUCUGAGUACAAUGCUUUCUGGAGGUGUGUCCAAGCUGGAGCUACCUACCUGUUUGUCCAGCUCUGCAAAAUGUUGUUCCUUGCCACCUUUUUCCCCACCUGGGAAGGAGGAGCUGGAGUCUAUGACUUUGUAGGGGAAUUUAUGAAAUCAACAGUGGACCUUGCAGACCUUUUGGGAUUGCAUCUUGUCAUGUCACGUAAUGCUGGCAAAGGAGAGUACAAAAUCAUGGUGGCUGCUAUGGGCUGGGCAACUGCUGAACUUGUAAUGUCAAGAUGUCUUCCUCUGUGGGUCGGGGCCAGGGGGAUCGAGUUUGACUGGAAAUAUAUCCAGAUGAGUUUUGACUCUAAUAUUAGUUUGGUCCAUUAUAUUGCCAUGGCAGCAGUAGUGUGGAUGUUUACACGCUAUGACCUCCCCAAGAGCUUUAGGCUCCCUGUUACUGUUCUUCUGGCACUCUGUGUCUAUAAGUCCUUCAUCAUGGAAUUGUUCAUCCACGCCUUUCUCUUGGGCAGCUGGACCGUGUUGUUGGUGAAAGCUGUGCUGACCGGAGCCAUCUCUCUCUGCUCACUUUUCCUCUUUGUCACCCUGGUGCACAGUAACUAAGUCUAAAACUAACUAUUGACUGUUCUUACAUCUAAACAACCAAGUGGUACCAUAUUUUUUUAACUUUAAGUCACACCGAAGUAAAAUAAGUUGCCAGCCAAGAAAUGUACAAUGAAAGGGGGGUGCAUACAUGUACAUAAGUCAAACUCAUCAGUCACAGUUAAUGAAACAUAUUAGCUUUUAAUUUGACUAUAGCCUAAACAAUACAACAUAACUCAAUUACCAAACUCUUUGUCUCACUCUAAAUCACUACCAUGAAAGGCUUCUUCAUUAUCAUGUAGGCCCAAACAAACUGGAAAAAAAAAGUGUAAUUUAUAGUCCAGUAAAUAUGGUAAUUAAACCACUUCAGGCUUUUUCAGGACUUGCAAUGGAGCUUGGUUUAUUUUAUUUUUGUGGUGAAUGUGUGUUACAUCAGACGAAAUUUUCAUUUAUAUUGACUGAAAUGCUGAGAUUUUGUUAUAAUGUGUACAAUUUUGAAUCAUGUUAACAAAUUAAGCCUUCAUAUGUAACACACGUGUUACGCCUUUUGUAUUGAAUAUCAACACAUGCAUUGUCCUCAUAUGGAUACUUAAAAAUAUAAUUUUAUUUAUAUACAAUAACUAAAAAAAAGUAAUUCAUUAUAAACUGAGAAAUAAUCAUUUAAAAAUUCUUUCUCUUUCACAUCACACUUCAAUCGAAAUCUGGUCUGGAUGUGAUUAAUACACAGCAGAAUUUGCUUGAUGGCCUAUUCUACCUUAGUUAUGUUGUUAUAAGAUUUUGUAAGAUGACAUUCCUAUGAAAUCUAAAUAAAUGUGAAUUUGAGUUUUUGUUAUAUUCUCUUGAUAUAUUUAACUGCAGGUUUUGGUGGAUAUUGUUGUACGUGGCUGUCUACAUCGUUCGUGGCAAAGCUGGGUACACUACACACAUACUGAUAAUUGGGCUGAAUGUGAGCAUGUUUCCGGGAAGGAUAAAUGUUGAAAUGUCUUAAAUGUUAAACCUGUUCAGUAUACAUGAUUGCAAAUCGUUACACACGCCAAAUUGUGUUUUCUUAAUGGAUUUUUGUUUUUUAAAAUAUCUGCUCCAUUAAAUGGCCACAACAUCAGAUAAACCUAUACACUUAUUACAAGUGUUUUCUCAAUCAAUUUGUACUUAAUCCUAACAAGCCUUAUUGCCUUUUGUUAUGUUAUUUCUUGCAAAUCCUCACCCUUCUAUAUAAUUUAACCUGAGUAUUUAAUUCUGUACAAAAGCUCAACAUCCUGUGCACCAAUUCCUGAGAAAACUAUCGCCCAGUUCUCACAAGUACAGUGUUACACUUCUCUGAGGGAGAAAGAAGAAUAGAUCUGCGAGUACUUGCACAAUGAAGGAUGGAGCAUUAUAUCAGUUUAUAUUCUCUGCAUUAUUUACUCUUGCUUCAAUGCCAAGUGGUGUUUUUGCAGUACAGUACAGUUUACAUUUUAGCAGAACCCUGCCACAAGUGUUUCACUGUUAUACCCAGAUUUGUCAUGCUCUAUGCCAGGGGUCAUCAAAUACAAAUCUUGAAGGUCCACAAUUUUUUUUUUUCAUACAAGCAUGAUUCCAUUUAUUAAUGUCGGUCAAAUACAAGCCAGGUCGAAGGUGGUAAAGGUGGUUUUCUUUUGACCAAACAAAAAUACAGUGCACAUUCUGAUUAAAUAAAAAUGAAUUAACAAAACAUUUUCUUAACUUAAAAAUACACAAAAACAUGGAAGUACAAUGUUUACACAUGCACACUAAAUAAUUCACAAGAUCUGUCAUUAACGUGCAAACAUUAACUUAUGACAGUACAUUUUGUAUCUGUAAAACACUGCUGGACAAAAAACGUGCAAGUAGCACAGUACAUGUUCACAUGUACAGAACAUAAAUGACAAGUUCUGUCGUUAAGGUGCAAACAUAAUAUUUAUUGACAGUAACUUUAACUGUGAAACACUGCUCAAUGAGGAAAAAGGCAUUUGGGGGUCACAAAACCAUUUACUCACAUCAUCAGCCAGUACUUCAGUGCGUCUUGUGGUUGAUGAAUCUGAGAGUGAGAUUUGUUUGAUUUUUGUGGUCAUUUCCGCCUUUUCUUUUCCAUCGAACAUUGCUGCCAUCUCUUCAGUCAUACACACUUUUAUUAUUUCUCCAUCAGAGAACGGCUUAUGUUUGGCCAACAGCCACAACACUGAGUGGGCACUCCAUUGCAAUUUGUUGUUGUGUCAUAGAUUUAACAAUAACCUUCCUUGACUCUUGAUAUGACUGCUUCAACCUGUUAAUUUCUUGCCUUCUCACUUCUGAUUUAGAAGGGAACUUUUCUUUAAAAGAGCUGUGCUCUUUAACAUAAUGGUGUUUCACAUUUUCGUUUUUCAUUACAGCAACUGUCUUGAAGCAUAUUAAGCACAUAGGUUUGGUACUUGCAGUUAGUAAAAUGGAAGCAUAUUUGUCAGCCCAUCCCUCAUUAA